AACGUUGUAAAUAAUAUUGAAGUUAAAUUAAUUCCAAAGCAACAACAACAAAAAGGAACAAAUAAUGGAAGCAUGCAGGAAAAUGAAGCUGGAGAAAGGCUACGAGGAAAUGCCUAACGAAGCAUCCGCAACGGAAGAUGACGAAUCGGCAAUGGAACUCGGUCCGGAGGAUGACGCUGAUCCUGAAAGUUACAUUGAAGAAGAAAUGCUAAUAUUCGCCGAUUUUGAAAACUAUUUAACCCCCGAGGAGCUGGCAGAUCCCAACGUUCGAGUAAAGGUAAUCGGAAUUGAGUCGGAGAGUCCGGUCAUCCAAAUCAACAACGAUGUCUAUAGGGGAUCGUACGAUUUUGCGCUGGGUACGAACGUUUUCCUGGAAGAGGACGACGAGAAGAAAAAUACGAACGAUCCUCUGUACAAUCCAAAUCCACCCAAGUUUUACAAGUACAGCGGCCAGGGCAAUAAGGUACUGCGAAUGAAGCGAAUAUUCACGACACCCAAGACUGACGUAGCGACGGUAAAGACAGAACCGGCGGAUACGACAGAAGAAAGCAGAACCACCCAAACCGAACGGUAUUUGGUGACGCGAUCGUACGAGGAAGCCCUGAAUUUGCACCUACCAGUGGGAUGUAACCCGCCGAGGUUCAUCGACAGUGAGCAUAAUUGCGAAAACAUUGUCCACCGGAAAACGUUGACGCUCACCACGGUGGAAAGUGACGUAGAGGAUGAUGCCAAACGGGACGAUCCUCGGGAUGUGGAUUAUAAACCGGGGAUGGAUGCCUAGGACGGUGCGUGCCAUUUUGUACAUAGGUACCAACUUCCG